ACAGAUGUCGCAAGAAGCAGAACCGUUUUUGGUAACAUCAGCUGUUUUGUCUCACUAAUUUGCCUUGUGACAAAUUGCCUGCACAAACAGUACUGGAGAUGAGGCUAGUAAUUCUUGACAAUUAUGACAAAGUCAGUGAGUGGGCCGCUAAGUACAUCAGGAGAAGAAUCAACGAUUUUAAGCCAGGACCAGACAAGUACUUCACUCUGGGUCUACCAACAGGAAGCACACCAUUGGGGACAUACAAAAAGCUGAUAGAAUUUCACAAAGCUGGUGCACUAAGCUUUAAGUAUGUCAAGACAUUCAACAUGGAUGAAUAUGUAGGCCUUCCCAGAGAUCAUCCGGAGAGUUAUCACUCCUUUAUGUGGAACCAUUUCUUCAAGCAUAUAGACAUACAGCCAGAAAAUGCCAAUAUUUUGGAUGGCAACGCCACAGAUGUCAAACAGGAGUGUGAGGAUUUUGAAAGAAAAAUUACAGAGGCUGGAGGCAUCGAGCUGUUUGUAGGCGGAAUUGGCCCGGACGGUCACAUCGCAUUCAAUGAGCCGGGCUCCAGUCUGGUAUCUAGGACCAGGAUAAAGACCCUGAACAAGGACACCAUUAUGGCCAACGCUCGAUUCUUUGAUGGUGAUCUGUCUAAGGUUCCACAGCAGGCUCUGACUGUAGGGGUGGGGACAGUGAUGGAUGCCAGGGAGGUGAUGAUUUUGAUUACUGGAGCCCACAAGGCCCUGGCCCUCCACAAGGCCAUAGAGGAGGGGGUGUGUCACAUGUGGACCGUGUCCGCCUUCCAGCAGCACCCCCGGUCGAUCUUCAUUUGUGAUGAGGAUGCCACUCUAGAGCUCAAGGUCAAAACGGUCAGGUACUUCAAGGAGUUGAUGUCCCUCCACAAUCAGCUGGUGGAUGACCCUGUGAAGGACAAGAUCAAAGGGGUCAAGACCAGCUAGGUGUCUCACCACACAGAGGGAGGAGAAAUCCACGGGGAGGGCCCCAGAUAACGACUGCAUGUCCAUGGGAUAUGUUGGCUAGUCCUAUUAAACUUUCAUUGGUGCUUAUCACUGGUAGUGCUUUAGAUUUAUUAUUACCGGUUAGUUUAUGUUCAUAAGUACUGUGUAUAUGUUUGUUAAAUUGUUAAACAUGAAAAUUAUUUUGACUAUUAAUUUUAUAUGCCAGAAUCAUUUAUGAAUUACCUCAAAUUAGAAUUAGCAGUUUAAUUUUCUUGCUAUGUUUUGUUUGUAAUUUUUCUAUUCAAAAUUCUUGCUUAUCUCAGAUCUUGCUACCUGUUCAUAUUAAGAUCUGAUUUUCUUACCUCUAUUUUAUGUGCAUUUUUCAGGCUUUUAUAGUUUCCAAGUCAUUUAAUAUGAUUUUGUCAUCUUAUCAGCUGUAUCUAUUGUAAUAAGAAUGAACAGGUUGUGUACAUUAUAUACAGAACCCAUACUACUACAUAAGAUGUUACCUCCAAUUCAUACUGUCUUGUAAGAACUCUGUUGCCAGUGCUUUUGCCAGUAUAUAAAUAUAUCUGUGUGUAACUUAGAAAUAGAUCUACUAUUAAUAAUUCAGGGUAAAGAGUCAGUGUAUCAAUGUGGAAAUUUGUCUAUCUUUGUAAUAGUUAUAUGGGAUAAUUUAGGAUUCUUUUUUUUAUAGAUAUUUCCAAUUCUAAAUUUUUAUAACCCCAUAAAAGAGAAAAAUUCCUUUACAUACGUAAGAGAAAUUAUUCUUACCUGUUUUAAAAUGUUAUAUUUUUUGAAAUUAUAGAAUAUGACACCCCUCUUUGUAAUUAUCAAAAUUGUGACCAAUAUGAAAAGGAAAUCGUACCACUUGAACUAUUACAUUCCAAUCUCAUGUAUCUCUGCACCUUUGUGUAGUUUUGAUUCUUUGAAAGAUUCCAAUUAUUAAAUUGUAUGAAUGUAUCAAUAAUUUAAUAAAUUAAAAAAUAUUCAAUUUGA